AUGUCUGACAGUAUUACCAAUCCGGAGAACUCUGAAAUCCAAACCAACUACGACAAGAUCGUGCACAAGUUUGACGAGCUAAAGCUAAAGGAGGUGUUGUUGAGAGGUAUCUACGGUUAUGGUUUCGUUGACCCAUCUGCCAUCCAGCAGCGUGCGAUCUUGCCUAUCAUUGAGGGCCACGACGUUUUGGCGCAGGCCCAGUCCGGUACCGGUAAGACUGGUACCUUCUCGAUUGCUGCGUUGCAGAGAAUCGACGAGAGCAUCAAGGCCCCACAGGCGUUGAUCCUAGCUCCUACCAGAGAGUUGGCGCUACAGAUCCAGAAGGUUGUGAUGGCGCUUGCGCUGCACAUGGACGUUAAGGUCCACGCUUGUAUCGGUGGUACGGACCCUCGUGAGGACGCCGAGGCCUUGAGAGCCGGUGCGCAGAUUGUCGUCGGUACCCCCGGCCGUGUGUUCGACAUGAUUGAGAGACGUAACUUCAAGACUGACCACAUCAAGAUGUUCAUCCUGGACGAGGCCGACGAGAUGUUGUCCUCCGGCUUCAAGGAGCAAAUUUACAAGAUUUUCACCAUGUUGCCACCAACCACCCAGGUCGUGCUAUUGUCUGCCACCAUGCCAAAGGAGGUGUUGGACGUGACCGACAAGUUCAUGAACAAGCCCGUCAGAAUCUUGGUCAAGAAGGAUGCCUUGACCUUGGAGGGUAUCCAGCAGUACUAUAUUAACGUCGAGAGCGAAGAGUACAAGUACGACUGUUUGUCCGACCUGUACGACUCCAUUUCGGUUACUCAGGCCGUCAUUUUCUGCAACACCAGAAGAAAGGUCGAGGAGCUAACCAAGAGAUUGACCGACGACAGCUUCACUGUCUCCGCCAUCUACUCCGACUUGCCUCAGGCCCAGAGAGACACAAUCAUGAAGGAGUUUAGAACCGGUUCUUCCAGAAUCUUGAUCUCCACCGACUUGUUGGCUAGAGGUAUCGACGUCCAACAGGUGUCCUUGGUCAUCAACUACGACCUGCCAAACAACAAGGAGAACUACAUCCACAGAAUCGGUAGAGGUGGUCGUUUCGGUAGAAAGGGUGUUGCCAUCAACUUGGUUACCGACAGAGACGUUGGUGACAUGAGAGAGCUAGAGAGAUUCUACUCCACUCAGAUCGAGGAGCUGCCAGCCAACAUUGCUGACUUGUUCGACUGA